AUGCUGUCUAUCUAUCAAUCAUUAUUAGCUUUUACGGUUGGUGUUCUGACUGAAUCCGCUUUUGUUGAUGGAAAGGAGGUAGUGAAGACGGUGUACUCUUGCACUCAUCCUAACUACGACGUACAUGUCUUUUCGAAAGAUCCGCUUGUAAUAUAUAUUUCUGAUUUCAUCACUACUGAAGAAAGCCAACAUGUACAAGCAAGCACGAAAGAUUUGUUCUCACGUUCAGCAGUAGCAGAUGAAUCUGGUAAUCGUGGAAAUCGGGAAACACGAACAUCUCAAUCUGCAUCAGUACCCCACGAUGAAGUAGUCGCCUGCAUUCAGAAACGAGCUCUCUCAUUUCAGGGCUUCGACACUCCAGCGACUCAUCUGGAACCCCUCCAGCUUGUCCAAUACGGCCAAGGACAAAACUAUCAUCUCCAUACCGAUUGGUUUACUUCAUCUACGCAAACCACUGCGGCACUUGGCGGAAACCGCCAGACUUCUUUCUUCGUUUACGUCAAGGCUGAGAAUGUCACCGGCGGAGGUACUAAUUUUCCAAUGCUGGACGCACCAUCGAAUGAAAAGUGGUGUGAGUUUGUGGACUGUGAUGAGCCGUGGGAGACCGGUGUAACUUUCAGACCGCGAGUUGGAAGCGCUGUGUUCUGGCAGAAUCUGAAAAGGGAUGGGACGGGCGAUGAGAGAACUAUCCAUGCGGGACUGCCGGUUGUGAGUGGGAAGAAGGUUGGUAUGAAUAUUUGGACCAGAGAGUGGCCGUUGAAUGAAGAGUUCAGAGGGAUUCAUGAUGAUUUGUAA